AUUUUAUAAUUAAGAAUGUUAUAAAAAAAUCAUUAUAAAGACGUGCCAAAAAAUGUAUUUUGAUCCAGUGAAGAAAUAUGUACUAAUAUUUGCGUGAUGCAAUAUAAAACUAUAGAUUCCUUUUUUUUUGGAAUUGAAAAUUGAUUUGCAAUAAGCUUUUGUUCAGUUAGGUUAUGCGAGAAAAUGGUAAAGUUAGGUGUACAAGAGCUAGAAAGGUUGUGUCACGUUAAAGUGGUAAUAAAAGAGUUAUGAAAGAUUGUAUAACAUGAAGAAGUGGUUAUUGAAGCAUAAAGAAAGAUGUAUCACGUAAAAAAGUGGAAAUAAAAAAGUUAUGAAAGAUUGUAUAACAUGAAGAAGUGGUUAUUAAAGCAUAAAGUGGUUAUAAAAAAGUUAAGAGAUCACGCGAAGAAGUGGAUAUAAGAGAACCAAGAAGUUGUUAAGAACUGAUAAUAAAAACGCUAAAAACCUAUUGUGUUUAACUUGUUCAAACAACAACAUAAUGUAAAGUAAUAAACCAGAGUGAUCGUAAAAAAAAUCAAAACGAAGAUACCAACAAAAAAAAAACAAUGACUUCAAAUUGUUUUAUUUGCGGAGAAAGUUUUCUUCGUGCCGAAUUAUCUGCACAUGAAAAAACUUGUUUACAGAGCAUACAAACAACUCAAGUGCAAUACACCCGCCAAAAUACUGACGAUACUUCAGAUAGCUUAACGUUUCUAACAAACAACGAUUCUUCUAGUUUUUCUAACCAUUCAUCAGGAUCCUCAAGUAAUGAAGGAAACGAUAAAAAAACUCACCGAUGUUAUAUCUGUGGAACAGAUAUUCCUAUUUAUUUAAAAUCAAUUCACGAAAAAAACUGCAAAAAGAGUUGGGAGAGCGGAUUAUUAAACUCUAUAGCUACGCCAGGAAGACUUUCUAACUCUAAAAAAGAUCUUCUAAAAGAUUCUUCUGAAUUAAAAAAAUCAAAAGCAAUAGCAAAUAUUAUAUCAAGUAGCAAUCUCAAAAAAUCGCGAUCAACCUCGUACAUUCCUAAAGAUUUAAAAUCUGAUAUUUCUAGAGCUGAAUCUGCAUCUGAUCUUUUAAAAUCAAGAGUCGGAAGCUUAUCUUUAAAUAAACAAAAAUCGCAUUCUUCGGCUAAUUUAUUUAAAAGCAACUCAGAGCAAAAAGAUUUUUUAACUAACUAUCUGUCGAUUGGAAACCGAAAACUUAGCUAUGAAGACACGGAAAAAAAGCCCCCUCAAUACGUCGAAUGUUUUAUUUGCGGAAAACAAUAUAGUACUCAUUCUAUAGACAUUCAUCAGAAACAAUGUAUCCAAACGCGCACUUUUCAAUUAGAUGCCGGAGUUGUUCCCGCUUAUAGAAAAAAAAGUAAAUCUUUGGCAGAUAUAAGACUUAAGGCGAAUGUAAAAUCAAUUUCUCCAUCAAAGCAAAUAAAAAAGAUAGAUAAUGAUGAACGCCGUUUUUCUGCUAUUGAAACCAGCAAACAAACAGUAUCCAAUCAUAAUUUAGUGAACUCCACCUUAAAAUCUUCUAGUACCAGUAACCUUAACAAAAUAGCACCAAUGAAUAAAACAAGUGUGGAUAUAGAAGUACCAGCAAAUCCACCGCAAAUUAAUCCAGGUUUUCAAGAGUGUCGCAUCUGUACACAACUAUACGGAAGCAGGUCGUUACCUAUUCACGAAAAACAGUGUUUAAAAAAAUUUGAGUUAGCAAGGCAAGAAGAUGAGAAACUUAAAAAGAGAACAAAAGCUAAUAAAAAUUUUAAUAUUAUUCCAUUCGGUCAUUCACAAGAUGUAAACGAUUCAGACCUACAUUUACCAAAAGGUCAUGACAGAUCAUCACCCAAUACUUCAGAAUCAAAUUCUGAGUUUUUUCUAAAAAAUACAAACAGUUUGAAAGCUAACGAAGACGAAAUAAAACCUGAACUAGUCAGCAAAGAUUUGAAAAGAAUUAGUCUUAAGCUAUGUGUUUACUGUAACCUUAAGUUUGGCCAAAGCUCUAUUUUAAUACACGAGAAAUCUUGUCGUGAAAAAUGUAAGGAAAUUGCCGACGAGUUGUUUCGUAAAAACGAUAGCGUUGUCAAAAACCCGGUAAAAAAUGAUGGUGUCAUCACAAAUGGAAGGCUUGAAAGUAUAUUAACUUCAAAAAAUGAAAGUAAUCUAAACAACUGAUAAUGGAAAAUUAAUGGAAUAUUGUAAGAUACUAAAAGGAAUUAUUAAAAUAAAACAGACAUUUUAAUUGUUAUUUAAAAAGAUUGGCGGGAAAGUUAUUGACAGAACUUUACACCUAAUUGCCAUAAAUGAAUUAGAUAUCGAAAAUGUGAAAAUUUUUUACAGUUUUUUUUACCAGAAUAUUUAUUUAGAAAUAAAAACUAAAUAGGGAAAAA